AACCCGGAAACAGUAAGUGACUACUAGCAAACAAAAGCUAAUGCUAGCUGACAGCGACCAGCCGGUUCGAUUUGUCUUUUGAUGCAUUCGCCUACUGAAAACGAGUCAUUAACAUUUAUUAAAACGUAGCUGCUUAGUCAAGUGGCCUUCCCCUAAUCUUAAACUCCCAAGUUUAGCCAUGGAUACGAGAAGAUAGUUUUACAGCCUUGACGCUAAUUUCCAAAAAGUUCAUUCGGUGUCAAGCGCACCUCGCUAAUCAACACAGCCGGUGAAUAGCUUUGGUAGCUUUGUUUGCUAUUCAAUGCAGAAAAUGAGUCUUGCGGGUCACCGCGAGCCCCGAAAGACUGCGGGGAAUCGCAUGUCCAAGUUGCUGGACGCCGAGGAGGAAGAUGAGUUCUACAAGACCACUUACGGAGGCUUCAACGAUGAAUCGGGAGAUGACGAGUACAAUGAAGAUCACUCGGACACAGAGGACGAGGUGGACAGCGAUUUCGACAUCGACGAGGGAGACGAGCCGGACAGUGCCCAGGAGGAUGACGCGCCUCGUAGGAAGAGUCGAGUUGUUACUAAAGCGUACAAGGAGCCUGUGAAGGUGGCCAAGCCCAAGCCCAAACCGAAAGGACCCUCAGAGGAAACAAAGAGAACGGAGAAGAAACCCAAAGCGGAGCUCAAGCGGAGGAUCCCGCAAGAAUUCCAAGACUAUGGCGCUCGCAAGUCUGUGCGCCAGUCCACCAGCGAGCACACCCGCAAGACCAACCUGCGACUGCAGGAGCGCCAGGACGCCCCUCGGCGCCGCAGGAGGGCUCACCGCGACCGGCCCCUCACCCAAGAGGAGCUUCUGGCCGAGGCCAAGAUCACUGCCGAGCUCAAUAUUCGAUCAUUGGAGAAUUACGAGCGCUUGGAAGCUGACAAGAAGAAGCAAGUCCACAAGAAGCGGCGUUUUGAGGGCCCCACCAUCCGCUACCACUCCGUCCUGAUGCCACUCGUCUCGUCGUCCCUUCUCAAAGAGGAAAACGUAGACGUGGAAGGGUUGGACCAGGAAGUCCCUCCGACAGCCCCGCCGAAUCCCGCCACACCGUCCCAGCAGCCCGCCGGCGGACUCUGCUCACGCACCUACGUGACGUUCAGCGACGACGAGGCGUUUGAAUUUGCCUUCCCGCGCAGCGCUCAGGAAAGUCCCGACAUCCCCAUACAGGAAAUCUGCCCCGUCACCCACAAGACGGCACUUUACCGGGACCCCAUCACCGACAUCCCUUACGCCAACGCCAGGGCCUUCCGGAUCAUCCGCGAGGCCUACCGUAAGUAUGUGGCUGCUUACGGAUUCCCAAACGCGUCGGGAGGCAUGACGGGACGGGACGCGAGAGGGGCGCGUCACAGAAUGGCGGCCAGGCAGAGCGCGCUCGCCACCUAAAUGCAGGGAUUUUCUUUUUCUGUCUGCAUGGGAGCACUAAACCCUGGAAUUCAUUCUGGAACUGUAAUGUGAGAAUUAACUCAUGCCUUUGGACUCUUUCCCUCAAUCUCUCAUUCUGUUUUUUUUUCUUCAUUUUAGUAAACUGUGAUCUUUCUACAACAAAUAAAACUUGAUUUGUUUGUUUAUUUUUUCCACAA